AUGGGGCUGAUGGAAGGCCAGCAGCUGGAGAGCUUCAUGGAGACCAUAAAGUCAACUGUGAGAUGGGUGAAGAAAGCCAAGAACAAAAACAAGAAGAAGACGUACGUGAAGAUGGCUAAGAGCCCCAGCAUGAUGGCCGCGAUCCAAAGCCGGAAGGCCCGAAAACUCAUCGAUGAGACGCUUCAGGCCGCCGAUCGCCCCGGCAAGACCUCCAUUCCCUCCUGAUUUCCAUUUGAUUUAAUCUCUCUCAAACAAAUCCAUUUCGUUAUCAAAGAAUAUCUUCCGGAUGUGUU